AUGCUGCUGGUCAUGUUGUGGAAAAUCCUUGAUUCUGGUUUAAUGACAAACGAUGCCCGUCUGAUAGAGCCCAAGAAUUCUCUCAUAUAUUCGCUAUUCCUCAACGUCAAGGGACGUGUAAUUGGUGAUACUCUCAUCUACCAUGUAAAUCACCAGGAUCAAGAGGAACCUCACUUCGUUAUUGAAUGCGACAGCAAGUGUAAACCAAGUGUGCUUAAGCUACUGCGGUAUUACGACAUCAGGAAAAAGGCAAGUCUGCUGCGCCGCGUGCACAUUUCGGAGGAGCCGUCUUUGCGAGUGCUUGUGAGUUUGAAAGUCAACGGAGUAGCGCCGAGUGUUGGUGAUGCCCUCUUCGUGGGAAAAGAUCCUCGUGCUGUUCCCGGCUGGUGCUUGAGAAUGUUACGCCAUACGGCCGCCACUUCUGAAACUGCCUGCGCCCCUAGUGAGGCGGUCUACAGGCGCACCCGCUACUGUCUCGGUUUGCCUGAAGGCGCAGACGAAUUCAAGUCGGGAGAGGGUCUCCCAUUGGAGGCAAACGCCGAUCUGUGCCAUGGUGUCAGUUUCUCCAAGGGCUGCUACUUGGGUCAGGAGUUGACGGCGCGCUCUCGAUUCGUUGGCGUUAUUCGCAGGCGUGUUGCCCCCAUUCUAUUUGAAUCACCUGUCAAUCCAAACACCAUUCCUCUGGAUGCCCCAAUUUUCCGCAUUUCCAAGGAGGAUAACAAGGUUGUCGGAAACCGACCAGUGGGUUGGAUUCGCGGUCAGGAGGAUCCGUCUUCCAUCUCCGACUUUCCAAUCCGGCAAUAUGGUUUGGCUCUCCUCCGAUUGGCUGAAUGCGCAGCGGCAGUUGCUAGUGAUGACAAACUCAUUGUAGACGUCUCAGGAGCAGCACAGGUGUUGGGAGCGGCACCCGCCGGCGUAGCUAUGGUUUGCGUUGUGCAACCGUUCGCACCCUCCUGGUGGCCGGAGGAUAUCGCCGUGGGGCUUCCUCGCAUUCAGCAGCCUCCGGCCCCCUUGUCCCAGCUAUAUCGUCAGCUUUUCCGACAAGUCGUUUGCAUCCAUCUCUUCAAUGGUCCUAUUCACGCCACCCUGAACCACGUUGUGCACAUCCAAAAACUCAUGGCGCACACUCCAGAACUUCCUGAACCAGUUUCCUCUUCUGAAAAGAAGUCUGAAGCAGAGUCUGAGAAAAGUAUUUCCCUUGUACAGCGAUUUAAAAAUGCCUAUAAAAUAUACGGGAAAGUCUUGAUCGUCGUCCAUGGUGUCACUUCUGCAGCAUGGCUGGGAUUGUUCUACCUCAUUGCAUAUAGCGGGCUGGAUGUGGUCUCAGCCCUGAGGGGAGUGAGACCACUAGAGUGGCUGGUAGAGCCGAUGGUAACUCGAGGGCUAGGAUUCUGGGCGACCGCCCUACUCCUCUACAAACUCGCCACACCCUUUCGCUACUUUGUUACGCUUGCUGCUUCGCGUUACGUGGUUCACGGCCUCCGCACUCGCGGUCUUGCCCCGCCCCUGGCCGAGGAAGACCGAUUGCGCAAUCUGGCCCGCCAGGGCGUCCGCCUCUCGCGCUCUCGUCUCCGGCAGUCCAGUGAUCGGGCAUCUCCUGAUUUGGUUGGGAUGAAUGUACAAGAGUUGCUGGAGAGUCUGCAUGCACCGGAGUUGAUGCUGAAGCCAUUCCACGUAGCUGGUGGUUCGGUGGGAGUGUUCGCAUCGGCCUAUGUGCUCUACAAGGUGUUGGGACCGCUACGUUAUGGCCUCACCCUCUGGCUCACCCCCGUCAUCGUGCACCGCCUGCGCUCAGGCGGUCGGCUGCCGCCACUGGCCGAGCAGGAUCGACUGCGCAACUUGGCCCUAGAGGGAGCCAAGAGGACCCGAGAACGGCUGAGCCAAAGACGGAAGAAACGUCCACAGAUGGUUCCUACGUGUGACGCCUCGACCCGCCCACCCAAGCCCAGGCGUCGCGCAUUUGUGGAAUGA